CCAUCACAGACAAAUAAACAAUAUAGUUAUUUUGAGUGAAGGUUAGAAGUGCUACAAACAAUGGCAGCUAGUCAGGAAGAUGUGAAGCUUUUGGGAGUUUUGGGAAGCCCAUUUGUGUGUAGGGUCCAGAUUGCCCUCAAGUUGAAGGGAAUUGAAUACAAAUUUGUGGAAGAAAAUUUGGCCAACAAGAGUGAUUUGCUUCUCAAAUCCAACCCAGUUCACAAGAAAGUUCCAGUUUUUAUUCACAACGAGAAGCCCAUAGCAGAGUCUCUUGUGAUUGUUGAGUACAUUGAUGAGACAUGGAAGAACAACCCCAUCUUGCCUUCUGAUCCUUACCAUAGAGCCUUGGCUCGUUUCUGGUCCAAAUUCAUUGAUGACAAGGUUUUUGGUGCUGCAUGGAAAUCUGUUUUCACUCUUGAUGAGAAAGAGCGUGAGAAGAAUGUUGAAGAAUCAUUGGAGGCUCUUCAGUUUCUUGAGAAUGAGUUGAAGGACAAUAAGUUUUUUGGAGGAGAGGAAUUUGGGUUGGUAGAUAUUGCAGCUAUUUUCAUAGCAUUUUGGAUUCCAAUUUUUCAGGAAAUAGCAGGGUUGCAGAUAUUCACAAGUGAGAAAUUCCCUAAGCUCUACAAAUGGAGCCAAGAGUUCAUGAGCCACCCUGUUGUGAAAGAAGUCCUUCCUCCUAGAGACCCACUUUUUGCCUUCUUCAAGGCCCGCUAUGAAAGUCUUUCUGCUUCAAAAUAGACUUAUUUAAGAUAUUUGUUGAGUUAUGGCUGUUUGAAUUUCAUGUCAAAUUGAUACUAGCUAUAUGUAAAUCCCUGGAAGAAAAAAAAUCUUAGGAUCUUGUUUCCAUUUUAGCCAUUUUAGUUGAUAAAGAAAUUCAUUUUUUCCAAAUAAGUUUUGUAGUGAGAAGCCUUUGUCUUCCUUUAUAAAAUCCUUCAGCAUGCAUAAUGUUAUUCGUAGAGAGACUUAGAGCAGCUAGUAGUUACUACCUUGAAAAUUUUGCUUCAUUUCGAAGGACAACGUAUAUACUGCUAUGUAAAUUUCAGCCAUAUAAUUAUUUGUCUCUCGCUGACUUAA